ACGUCACAGCUCUAGUCAUGACCGCAAGUGUGGGUAUUUGGACAAGGCCACACAUUCUUGAGCUCUCACUCCAACCAUGGCUGGCGACAGUGAAACACAUCUUAAGGACAGGGCGGAGAACGAGCAGAACACCCGACAGCCCUUCAUCAUCGGUGUGUCUGGAGGCACCGCCAGCGGAAAGUCUUCAGUAUGUGAGAAGAUCAUGGAGCUGUUGGGCCAGAAUAAAAUUGACCGUCACCAGCGGCAAGUGGUCAUCCUCAGUCAAGACAGCUUUUACAGGGAGCUCACGCCUGAACAGAAAGCCAAAGCACUCAAGGGCCAGUUCAACUUCGAUCACCCAGAUGCGUUCGACAAUCAGCUGGUCAUGAAGACUCUGUGUGACAUCAUUCAGGGACAGACCGUGCACAUCCCGGUUUAUGACUUUGUUACUCAUUCCAGGAAGGCUGAGUUUGUGACCGUGUAUCCAGCAGAUGUGGUCCUCUUUGAGGGGAUUCUCAUGUUCUACGCGCAAGAGAUUCGAGAUCUGUUCCAAAUGAAGCUGUUUGUGGACACAGACCCAGACACGCGCCUCUCGCGAAGAGUGUUGCGGGACAUCAGCGAGAGAGGCAGAGAGCUGGAGCAGGUUCUGAACCAGUACAUCACCUUUGUGAAGCCAGCCUUUGAGGAGUUCUGUCUUCCUACCAAAAAGUAUGCAGACGUCAUCAUCCCCCGAGGAGCAGACAAUCUCGUGGCUAUUAAUCUGAUCGUGCAGCAUAUUCAGGAUAUCCUGAACGGAGGAGUCUCCAAACGGCAGAAUGGUUUUGAGGACGUCAACGGGACCCCCAGACAAAGACGGCCGUCUGAGUCGAGUCGACCUCACUGACCUCACUCUGACCUUCACUCCGUUGAGGAGAGGGCGGACCUGAAUAAUAGUGUACAUCCCAUUCAUCCAGUAACAAUGAAGGGAUGCAGGAGCUGAAAUGCCUUGGUUAUUGUGACUAUUAUUUGCCUUUUGAAAUGUUGUGGAUAGUUGUUUGUGUUCACAGGUUUUGAAAGUGCUAUAUGUUUUUGUGGAAGGUUUGAUUGCAAACUCCGCCUGUUCUGUAAUUGUGUCUGUCUGCUUUCUUAGCUACUCAGAAAAUAAAUGAAUGAUCUGAAAUAUUUUGUCAGACUGGAAGUAGAGACAAAUCUGAUUACAGUGCUAUUUGCGUACAUACUUGAAGUUGGAGCUCAGGUUGGGUGGAUUGUUUCAUCCACACACAAAAAAAACACCUAGUGCCUCAUAUUUGAGGUCCUUUUAUGUGUAUGUGAUUGAAGAGAUGUGUUAUUUUGUAAUGAUGGAAACAUGGUACAAAAUUUUUUUAUAGUUUUUGUUUUGUUUUAAGCUUUCUAGUUGAAUCCCAAUGUUAUGUGAUUCUUACAGUUGUACUGUUUUGUACAAAUGACAUGACACAUUUUGUCAUGGUUUGUCGACUGUAUUUACAGUUUUACUAGAAAUGGUUUCCAUGAUAUCUUAGUGUGCAUAUUGAGUAUUUUACCCAAAAUUACUCUAUACCCGAUGCCCAAGUAAUACAAUCCCCAGAUCAAAUCAGGGAUUACAUUAAAUACCUCAAUCAAAAUUGUUAAAACCAAAACAAACUGAUUACACCCUUUCCUCUCUGGGACGUAUUUUUCUACGAAUUUUUUACUGGUUUAUUUAUUUGCAUCUGAUUUUGUUGACGAAUAAUCCAUUACGUUGUAGUGGAAUAAAAUAAAAUAAAACUACACCCUGUU